CUCUGGAAGAUGGAGGACCAUUUCCAGUUAUGAGUGGCCUCCCAGAUCCCCUAGAAGAUAAUAUGCAGCUGUGCUUGUGUGAGCUGAGUGACCACGACCGAAAAGUGGCUCAUGGAGAGCUAGCGGGCAUGCACCUGCUAAUGGACGAUGUAAUUCUGAGCAGCUAUCAUGUGAUCAUGGAGGGUGUCCCUGGGAAGCAAGCCACAUUGGACCCAAAUACACAGCCAGAGUUGUCCAGCAUGCCUGAGUUCAGAAGUCGGUUCCUCGGCAGUAGAAAGACCUCCGAGCUGUGGGACGGUUCGUGUGACCCUGUGACGGUGCUGGCACUGCUGAAGUCGUUCCUGAUACUGUGGAAGCAGCUGGAGGCCCUGAAGGAGCACUGGGGCCGCCUCAAGCUGCGAGGCCAGGACAUCCACACGGCGUCUCUCCACAAACAGUUCUCGGAGCUCUAUGGAACAGACAUCCUCUACCCCAGCAUGAAAGCUAUAGCCAGGCAGAUGGGAAAAGAAGAUGAAUUUGAAGGCUUGAUAAUAAAGAAUCAGUCUAUUCUACCCCCCAAAGGAGCUUCAGAAAUUGAAAUAAAAACUCAGCAGCUUCAGAAACUUCUAGAAAGCCUUGAACUUCACAUGAUCCAAGAAGUCAUAAGGAAAGUUAGCCAAGAGAUGACACUGGUAAAAGCAGAAAAGUCAAAGGAGGAUUAUCUUCUCCCCACAGAACUUUGGAGACACCAAGCCAUGAAGGAAGACUUCUCAGUUGCAAGACCACAAGUAGUUGAGAACUUUAUACAGAGACUAAUGGAGACUUACCAGGAUGGCGAAUUCGAGAUCACGUUCAGGAAGGACCAUCUGGAGGCCUGCCUCCUUUCCUUGGGCUGUGAUGUGAUGGCCAGGGAGCGCAGCACCUUCGAGACCUACUCCAUGUGUUAUGAGCAGGUGCUGCAGCACACGAGGCAGAGGCUCGGCCAGAAGGAGCAAGAGUUAGAUGCGCUGCAAAGAGGUCAGAGGCCCCCGGAAGAAGAUGCCAGUCAGGUGACCGAGCUCAGCCACAAUCUCAUCCUGGAAACCACUGCUCUGAGAGCCCGGCUCACCGAUCUGGAAGAGGAGAAUCUGCAUCUCAGAAAGCAGAUUAGGAAAGAAGUCCAAGAAGAAUAUGAAGCAUUAGUGCAAGCCAUGUUUGUGACCUGUUUACACAUAAAAGAGAAGCUGGACGAGAACCAGCGAAGUCUGGUCCAGAAAGUGUGUGAGCUCAUCGGGGAGGUGAGAAGAGAAGGGAUUGACAAUUUGAGGAACCUGAAGAAAAAAUGGGGCUCGGCCAGACCUGAAGAAGGCAUGCCAGAGAGCCCAGCCAAAAAGCAGCCAUGGGCCAUGGAGGAGGACAGCUGUGGGCCGGCUGCCGCCAUGGUGGGCAAAGCCAGGGUCCUGGGCCGCUGGAAGCUGGCUGUGCAGCAGACACGCUUCCGGGACCAGCUGAGCCGCGCAGAGAAGGAAGCCAUUCGAAGUCAAAAGGAGUGUCUGAGCACCAAGCUCAUGGCAGAGCGAGAAGUGGUCUUGUUGCGUCAACAGCUGCUGGCUCUCCGGCAGGCGCUGGCCCGGGCUCAGGAGGACAACGUGGGCUUGUGGAAGCGGCAGGAGAACCAGGCUCAACUGCUGAGGGAGUUAGAACACAGAGUGGCCCAGGAAGCGCUCAACCGGCAGCAGCUGGAGUUCAUGAGAACAUCCAGCAUGGAGAAGCUCUUGGGUCAUGUGGAACAAAAAGAACUGCAGCUGCAGCUCCUGACCCAAGAAGCUGAGCGGGCCUCUAAACUGGGCCAGAUUCAACAGAGAAAAACCCAGCGGGAACUCCAACAGAUGAGAAGCCGGCUGGCCCAGGAGCGCAGGGUGAAGCUGGACGCUUUCCAGCGAGUAGAAGAGCUAAAAGGUCAGCUGAGCGAUGCUGUCCAGAUGAGCCCCGCAGACGGGCGUGGGUGUCAAGCUCGCUUCUCCGUGAAUCCCAGCUGCACAUCAUCCGGGUAUUCCCAGCAACACUUGCUAAAGACUAGUUUUACAAGCAAUCAAAUCAGAGGAACUCAAAGACCAAAGACUGUACCUACUAAACAUAAAAAAAGGAUCGAUGAUGUUCUCCUACCCCACAUGGCAGAAAGUACCCAGCGUGCAGCUUUUCAAGUUCAAACUGCUCCAUCUAGAAUCCCAUUCAAAUCUGAUUGGUAAUCAUAUGUCCUUUGCCCAGG